AUGACCAAACUGUCACCCAAGAAGGUGGAGGAGAAGUACAAUUAUCUUUUCGAUAUAAAUGCCAAAGAAAAGGGAGGCAGUUUGUAUCUACAAAGUAAGGUCUUCAGGGCCAUGGAGCGUCUGAAGGCUGAGUUCAAGGCGGCUGAGGAGACUAAAGCAGCUGGAGCUGGAGCUGGAGAGGCUGGAGGGUCCGGUGCUGCUAGCCCGAACUAG